ACUGUCAAGAGUGUUUUUUUGUUGUUGUUUUUUGCUUUCGGCUGAGACAAUUCUGCACCUUUCCGGUGUAAAAUGACGCUUCUAAGCCGUUCCCUUCAGCUUGUACUAAUUUUUGCUGGAUUUGUUAAUUUAUGCCAUGGUUCACUUCAUUUUCUGCGUGGAAGGCCGCGUGGAGGAAUGCUUGCUGCUCCUUCUGCUGAUGCCAUUCACGUCAAAGAUCUUCCCCAAGAUCAGUGGUUCACACAGAGGCUUGAUCAUUUUGACGAUUCCAACACCAAAACAUGGCAGCAAAGAUACUUUUAUAAUGACAAAUUUUUCAGAAAGCCAGACGGGCCUGUUUUUCUCUCCAUCGGUGGCGAAGGUGAAGCCAAUCCGAUAUGGUUGACAGUUGGUGACAUGAUGAAAAAUGCACAAGUGUUUGGUGCUUUCACUUUCCUCCUAGAACACCGCUUCUAUGGCAAAAGUCAUCCAACUAGGUAUUUUAAAUUGAGUUAAAUGUCUGUAACUACAAGACAAACUUCGCUUUAUGGACACCCACUCAAUACAGAAGAUACCAAAGGAUUUAUGCGUGACGCUUGAUUUGGCCGAAAUUUAGCGCGUGACGCGUGAAAGUCCCCGGGAUGGGAACGUGUCCCGUGAAACCAGUUAUACAUGUGAAGCGUGAUUUGUCUUCUAAGAUGUGCAGGACUCGUGAAUUAUUUGCCACAUUUCGUGAAAAUCAGCGGUAAAGGAAAGAUAGAUUGAACAGCACCGUUGGUUUCAUUCUUUGCAUUACGUUUUUGUCCUGGUUAAGAAUUAUUAUUACCUUAAGACUAGACCCUAAAAACCGCACGUGACCAGUGAACUUUCGGAUCAAUUUGUCCACUACAGCAAUUCUCGUGUUGCUUUGUUGCCGUGCAGGCUACAGUCGCUAGGGUAAAAAGAAAUUGCAUUAGGGGUGUUGUUGAAUUUUAACACAAGAUGCCUGGAAACAGGAAUUUCCCACAUUCAUGGCUGCUCGUUAACGCCCUUUGAGAUCAUCCCACUGACAUUCUAAUGAGAGGAGAAGUGGGGACACCCCGUUAAUAUGGACACUUACUGUGGCCCCCUCAGUGUUCGUGUUAUUAGGGUUGGACUGUGUACCUUUUAAAGUUGUCAUCUGAGAAAAAGAUUGAAGUGUACAUCUUAAUGUUGCUGCAGUACUUUUUUGUGGUCAAGAAAUGGAUCCUGGAGGGUGACUCUUACAUUGAAGUGAGGGUGGGAUGCUCAUCGUCUUGCUUAGGGGUAGAAAUUGCAGAUUGUAGUCUCACUUAGGGUGGUAAGGAUGGGUCCUUUCUAUCUAUCUAUUUUGGUGCACCCGCACUGAUUUUAUAGGUCCGUCCCAUUCCUGUCUGUUCGCCAUAACAGAUGCAAGAUCCUGUCUCGAAAGACCGCUGUCAGGUCUCUCUAGUUGGAUCCCAAAACAGCGUUCUGUAGGUAAAGAAAUACAGUUGAACCUUCACAUGCAACCCCCUCUUGUGCGACCACCUGUCCAAAAGACCAAACUUUUCCCAGUCAAAGCCAAGCAAGCAAGUAAGCUUGCAAAGUUACUUUCCUAGGAAGAAAAUCUACUCCUCCAAGACCAACGGAUGGGACCUUUUUUAAAACCCUUGAUUUAAACCAACUUGUCAUCCUGUGUUUUGUUUAGUGAUAUGAGUGAUGCAAGCCUCAGAUAUCUUAACAGUGAACAAGCUCUUGCUGACCUGGCAGCCUUCUGUAAUGCCAUGACUAAGAAGUUUAACUUGACAUCUAGCAAGUGGAUUUCCUUUGGUGGAUCCUAUCCUGGGUCUCUUUCUGCUUGGUUUAGACUGAAAUAUCCUCAUUUAGUGAAUGGUAAAUGUAUCAAUUAUUUAUUAGCCUUUUAUUCCUAAGAGUGUCAAACUUAAAAAUUCGAGAGAAAGCAUCUGAGUUCUGCUGUUGUAUUAGGCAGUAAAUAAAAAGCCAUUGAAUUCACGGAAAGCGCUGCAAAAGUUAGCUAAUUUUUCAUUUUAAUGAUCUCAUUUUGAGUAAGUUUUGUCCACAGACUCAUGAGGCCCUCUUAGGAUGGGUAUGUUGUAGUAAAUUUUUUAUCUCUGGUAAUCAAUUCUCAUUUUUCUUUUGUUUUUGGGUAUGGUAAUGUAUGCUAAUGCAUUUGAAACAAAAGAAAAAUAAAAAAUUACGGAGAUAAAAAAUUAACAACAACAGGUACCCAUGCUCUUAGUCUGGAUUUCAAAACCUGUCGUUUCAUAAACUCAAAGGAGGAAACAAUAUACCUGUCUACAUUUUAUUAAUUCUUUUUCAACUUGUCUUCAUCGCUGUCACAGUUUCAACCCAUCUUUGUGUCCUUUGUCACCAUUUCAUUAUUCAUCUUAUGUCACUGUUUCAAGGCCAUCUCGCCUGUCAGAAUUUUACCCCAACAAAGCCUCACCCAGGCAAGGUAACAGUUGAGGAGGGGAAAUUGUACGUGAUAGGGAGGUAUCCUGGUGAACAAUUUUGUCUGUAGUCACAUUCAGUUUUGAUGUUAGUCCUUGCAGGUAACAAUUUUUAAUCUUUUACAGGUGCUGUUGCUUCCAGUGCUCCUGUUUUUGCCAAGCUUGACUUCACUAAAUACAUGGAGGUUGUAACAGCAUCCCUUGGUACAACAGGACAAGACUGUGUUAAAAAUGUGGCCAAUGCUACUGAGACACUCAAGUCAUUGCUGUCCUCUGAACAGGGUGCAAAACAGUUGACAGAGCUGUUCUCGUGAGUGUUUUUACACCCCUAGGUUUCAUCUUCAUCAUCACCUCUUUUCAUGCCAGUAGUCGCAUAAGGUCAUCACGCUUUCUGACCAACACUUUCUGUCCCAUGUCCCAGCCUUGUUUAUCUUUCUCUCAAUAGUCCUUUUCCAAGUAGUCUUUGAUCUUUGUCCCGCCCUUUGACUUUCUGGUGUCCACCCUAAUGCUGAAAACCAGUUGUCACUCACAUGCUCUCUCCUUAGUAUGUGUACCAACCAGUUCCACCUUUGUCAUACCUUGCAGCUUAUGUUGUUGAUAUCUGCCAUCACGUCCACUCUCUCUCCUCCUUGUUGCUCCUCAUCAUCUCUUACAUACACUGCCUCACCACUUUGCAGUGUUACUGAUCCCAUUCCUUUCCACCUGUCCCUACCCAUCUCUAUAGCCCUUCAAUUCCUUAUUCUAUCAUUUUCUUGGCUUAUUGUCUCGCCUGUGUUACCUCCACCAUGGUACCCAUGUUCCAGCAAACAAUAUUUGUCUUUCACAAGGGGGCUACUAUUGGGCUUAUCAGCCAUUAAGCUUCAUGCUGGAUUUAUCUGAAGAACGUCAUUACAGCCCCAACAGUGACACCCCCAGUUAGUGUUGUCUGAUUAUCAAUGCUUCUACUUUCUGUAACUGUUUGUCUUUUUUUAUUAGGCCGGGUUGCUAUCCCUACACCCAAAUUCCAGCGUAGAGGACCAGGGGUCAGUCUUUGUCUGGUCUCUACCCUUUAAACUUUUUGGCAUGGGUGGCCCUACCACGAGUACAAGACUCCCGCCGACAUAGCUCUAGGGGUCAUUGAGACAUGCAAACUGCCCUACCAUGGGUGGCCCUACCUGGAGUACAAGACUCCUGCUGACAUAGCUCUAGGGGUCAUUGAGACAUGCAAACUGCCCCACCAUGGGUGGCCCUACCUGGAGUACAAGACUCCUGCUGACAUAGCUCUAGGGGUCAUUGAGACAUGCAAACUUCCCCACCAUGGGUGGCCCUACCUGGAGUAAAAGACUCCCACUGACAUAGCUCUAGGGGUCAUUGAGACAUACAGACUGCCCCACCAUGUUAAGUCGGUGACCCCAUUUUCAUUUCAACAAUGUUUUUGCCAUCUGAUCACCUGUGUCAUACUAACCCCAACACGUAGUUUUAACUCAUACUUUUAUAUCACAUGUUAAAUUAACAUACUUAUAAGUUUCUACUCGGCGUGGUUAAGUGCUUUGACCCUGAGGGACACCUUGACUGCCAGAGAGACAACACACCCAGUCUAGGUGACCGUAACAUCCACUCUUUAUCCUCACGUGCACCACCACCUUCAACAAAUUACGCUUUAAGUAUGUUGUAAAAGCGGAGCUCCACACGCGCACAAAGCGUGCGCGAGCGGAACCCCGUACCUAAGAAAAUUUGGUAAUCCACCCAUCCCAGAAAUUUUGGUAAUCAUGUGACCAUACGUCCGUUUGUCGGCAUAUCUGCCGAUAAACAACCAUGCCAGUUAGGUGUACACGGAGUCAGGGUUUCAAGCACCCAGCAGCACAUCUAUACCCAAACGUGGGUCAAGUACCUCCCUCCCCUGCCUUUACCAGCUAAAUUAACCCUACCGCAGUGUAACGAACUUAUGAAUAAAGCAUUAACUAUGAUCUAUGUUCUUAUGACCUCAGCCUUUGUGAACCACUUGAUAAAGACAACGGUAAUGACGUAGCUACAUUUGCAACUGACUUAUCGGGCAACUUUGCUGGUGUUGUUCAGUACAACAAAGAUAACAGAGCAUUUGAGGUAGGUAUCAUGAAAUUUACGAAGACAGCAACUCUAACGCACCGAUCAAUUCGAAACUUCAGCAUUUGACCAUCAAUUGUAGACUACAAGUAGUCCCUCAUUUCCCCUCAGGGGGAGUAGAGCGAGCGAAACGCGAGCGCGCGUGAAAAUCAACCCUCACGAGAAAGGCGAGACGCUAGUGCCAAGUUUAACUUCAUUUUAUGAUCCGGUGUCUAACAACGUAGAUGCGAUCUUUUAUAGUUAAAUGGAGGAGUUAAAAGGUCAAGACACAUCUUUUGUAAACGAAUGGCUUGUUUGAUAAGGGCUUCGAAAGCUAGCAUUUGUGCAUUUUCGUUAUCAUGCCCCUAUUUAAUAAAAAGUGUAUUAAUAUCACCGAAAGAUAUAAGCCCAAAUUACUUUUUUACGUCCGAAACAUUCACUAUACACUGAUUAUAGAUUAAUCCACACACCACAACAAAUGUAAAGUUUGUUUUUCGAAUUCACAAUCUGAAAAAUAUUUCAUCUUUGGGAGGGGCAUUUCACCAGUUCAUUGGGCUAAUGUAAUGGGAAUUUGACCAGGCCUCACUUAAAAGUUCAAAUGACCUGGGCGUUGCGCGUGGAGAUGUUGAAGUUUCGAAUUUGAUCGGCGCAUUACUUUGAGAAAUUUGUCUACUCAGUAAGAGUCUGUUGACCAGACGACGUUUAAAGUGGACCAACCGGCUUAAGACACUGCAAGCACUCUCUUAUUUUUUAUCAUUAUUUUUUCAAAGUUAGUAGAGUGACACACGUACCUGUUUACGAGGAACAUUGUUUUAAGUUGUCCAAAUGAUAAAGACCUAAGAACGUGGUUUUGUUGAACCGCCGGUUUAAUAAGCUGCCCUAAGGGUUAAAAAAGAUCUUAUGAGCAUUAAUCUAAAGCCACUUUUUUGCGUCAAAUAUAAUUUGAGUGCGUGAGCAAUUUCCUGUAAGAUGUAACACUAGCCAGUACCUUCACUUCGCCGCUAAAGUUUUUUCCUAAUGACGCUUAAUUUAGUUAUUUUUACCAAAUGCUAAAUUUUGUAUUUUUUGGAAAACCGCAGACUGCCAAAAAGAAGAAUUGAAAGAAAUAAUCGAAGAAAACCUCGAAACUGCAAAUAGUAUAUACACGUGUUUCAACGAAAAAACGAAACUGCGGUAAGAAUGCGGAUGGAAACAAAAGUGUGCUCUGACGAGCGUACAGAUUAACCGACUGAUAGAUAGCGCUAACUUGUUUAAAAAUCUUUUCUUGAAUGGACCAAUCAACAAAACGGAGGAAAAUGUGAAACCCGAAAAACCACUUUUCGUUUGAUGUAAAACAAACAAACAAACAAACACCCAACGUUCUUAAAAUAAAUAACCGACAACCGUUUAACCCUUUAAGUCCCAAUAGUGACCAACAGCAAUUUUCUCCUGACAAUGUCCAUAGUUGUCAAGAGAAAAGGUUGUGAGAAUAUAAAAAAUGAUCAUGAAAGAGAAAAUGCCUUGAUGUUUUAUUAAAUUCUCUCAACUAAUUCUUAAAGGAAAUGUAUGGAGAUCAUUUUGAAGAAUUUGUAUGUGGAUACUUGGGCUUAAAGGGUUAAGUACACGUAGCCCAUAAAACCCUGAAUUUUGGACGUCGGAAACCCAGGAUGAUCAGAUUUUAAGGAAACUAAAAUAGUGCUGUUGUUGUUGUUGUUGUUGUUGUUGUUGUCUUACAUGUUGUCAUUGUUGUUGUCUUAUUUUCAAAGGGUGCAGUAGGAACAAAUAUAACAAUCGAUACUUUAUGCGGUAUCAUGAAUAACGAAGACAUCGGAGAUCCGUUGGCUCGUUAUGCUAAAAUCAACUCGCUGUUACUCCAAACAUAUGGAUCCAAGUGUCUUGAUUCAAGCUACAAGAACAUGAUAACAAGUUUACAAAAUACGUCGUGGAUCAGCAGUGCUUCUGAAGGAGGUAGAGGAGAAAAUAAAAAUUACUUUAAAUUAACAAACAGAAAACAUAUAACAAGUUUACAAAAUACGUCUUCAAUGUGAAGGUGAAGUUCAAAAUAAGGAUAGACUAACGAUGACAACACAGUGACCCUGAACGUGGAUUCCAGGACUAUAUAUUCAGUGCUAUUCUUUUCGAAAAUGGUUUCGGUAAGUUUUCGUCAGGAUUUACCCACCAAAGAAAACCCUAAUAUGGAGAAGGCAUUGGUAAAAAGGAAAUAUAAAUUGAUUUCUAAAAUAGUUAAUUAUUAAAUUGACAAACAGAAAACAUUAUUGAUUUGAAUGAUUUCUUUUUUUAAUCAAAUUUUUUUUUUAAGGUAUUAAAAAGUCCCAGGUCGACAGUGGAUGUAUCAAACAUGCACGGAGUUUGGGUUUUAUCAAACCUCAGAUUCUGCUAAUCAGCCAUUUGGAAAGUUGUUCCCUUUAAAGUACGUAGUCAGCAAAACAAAGCCAGAGGCUUUCACAACAAAAUUAUUGAUUAAUUAAGUUUUUUUAAAAGUGGGAUGAGUGUUUCUGGAUUUUUUUUCCAAAGGUUCUCUACUUCCAUCCAACAAUCGUGGUCAAAACAUUUUGGGACUCUUCAGGAAACUAGGCGUUAAGAGGCACUUUGCUUACUCAUAUUCUAUCUAUUGAAAAAACUUGGGGUUGUUGUUAUGAGAGCCUAUUUCUACUGUCCCCCUUCCCCCGCAAGCAGUGUUGAUUGUGUUGAAACAAAACUUGAAUGCAUAACGGAACACUGCGCCGGGCGUGAAGGGGGGGGGGAGGGAAAUGACCCCGUUUGACGAGCUUUGCGUUCAUUUGCGAAAGACCUUUUUACCAGGAUUGUAGUUCCAGUUCAUUUAAUUCGAUUUAACGAAACUCGAUGCCCAGAAUAUCAUGAGCACCGUUUAAGUUUGAAUUUUAACGGGUUUUGUUUGUUUUUUGUUCUAUUUUUUUUUGAAAAGAUUGUAAUAAAACAGGGUUCGAACUUAAUAUUUUAGUCCACCAGAAAAGCUUUGCAGGCAAGAAUUAGUAGGAAAAUAAAAGUGUACAAAAUUAUUGUGAGUUCGAGCUAAAAUGCGGCUCGAAAAACUUGUAGUCACUCUCCGCGCUUAAACAAUGGAGUACAAACUUGCAGUUAAAAGGUGCAAUAAAAUUUUAUCUUUCUUCUCAAAUUGUUAUUUGAAAAAUGCUAACUCAUAACUGCUUGCCAGAGGAUAUUCUUUUGACUCUCAAAUUCUAAAAACCAUUCGCUUUUAGCGAGUUUGGGGUCAUCCUCGGUGUAAAGACCUGUGAAGUUCUUCUUUGUUUUCUAGCCAUUAUUUUCCUUGCCUCUAUAGUGUUGACUUCGCAGUGGCUUCUUUGUAUUAAUAGUUUUACGUCAUUCGUGAGUUUCACAGGUUUUUAAAGCGAAUAUGAGUCCGAGUCUGCGAGUUUUAAUUUUGAGCCAUGGCUCAUUAACUUGAAUAAGUUUCGACUUAGCCUGCGAGCAGGUUCCCUUGUGCGAAUUCAGGGAAAAAUCCGAAUUCGAGAGAGUGAGCCUGCUCGCCGGCUAGUUUCGAGUGUUCCGUUUCCACACUGGGGAGUUUGUUAUCCGACCACACGAUGGCAGCGAAAACUUCACUUAAAAAGUGAAUUUACGUUCUUCCAGGCUGUCCCGAUUAUUGCCUCCCGUUUACGUUAUCAAAAGUAGGCGAACCCCUUGCGUUGAAGUUGAAUGCCAAGGAUCCCUACCUAAGUGCCGAAAGAGAAAUAAGAUUUUGUCGUCACUUGUUUACGUCCUCAUUAAAAUGUAAAAUUAUGCAAUUUCACGUCGAAAUCGUGCAAAAACGGCAAAGAAAUAUACCAAAAAGUGCUUAAAUGCGCGUCCAAAGUUGCCAUUCUCCUUCUAAACCUAUUGUUGUUGUUGUUGUUGUUUUUUUACGUUCUCGUUGCGAUCGAGUCGUCGGAUUGUUAAGUCGCUACCUGUACGGAAAACUCGUCACAGAUGGAAAACCCGUUCUGGUUGGAGUUCUCGUCUCUGUAGUGACUUCAGCCAUUUACUUGAUACAUUCUUGUCGUGGGCUUUGUUCUUUGUCUCGUGAAAAUCUAGCUACCUUUGAAAAAGACUAAUGCGGUGUAUUAAAUUUCAUCAUAGGUUUUCUAUUCAACAAUGUAUGGAUAUCUUCGGACCUCAGUUUAAUGCAGCGAACAUUCAACGCGGUAUUGAUCAAACAAACACCAACUAUGGAGGAUACGGAAUAUCUUCAAGCAAGGUGAUUCUUGUUAAGAUUUAACUUACUCCUAGAUCAAGUUAGUUGUGAAGGCUUUGAUGUUACUAUUCAAAUGAAACCUCUUCAGCAGUACUUUCACGUGGUACUAUUGUGAUUUGGGCGUCGCCCAAAUAGAGUAAUCGAGAUGGCUUGUUUUGAUCAAAGUUGCAAUAGGCACGCAAUACGUGCGAACUUAAAAAAGCCAAGUAAACAAGCCAAACGACGCGAAUGUCUACUAAGCGAUUGUCACGACACAGCAUUUAUCCUCGUUACUAUUAACGCACGGCAAACAAAUUUGAUGAAAACAAAAGUAUUGAAAAAACAAGGUUCACUGAAACAAACUAUUAAAGAAUUUAAAUUUUUCCUUUGGAAAAUAAUUGUCCUCGCACACACGGCGUGAACUAUUUUUUUAGUAUAGGUACCGGUCAUUAGUUCACUGUGCAGACUAUUCAUUGCCAGUAAAGACGUCGCGGCUCAUGUAAUCAGGCCCUUAGUUUUAUUGCCAGAUUUUACGUCCUCCCCCUUGACCUUACCGAUUUUUCAAAGCCCCCCGAACAUACACACAAGAUUUCAGCCCCCCCCUCAAAAUUAUACUCACUUCUCUACAUUAAAUGAACUUUCCCUCUUAUCUGCGUUCUCUCCAUACAAAUAUUAUCAAAAAUAACCGAAAAACAAUCCCAAAUAGAAAGCCUAACAACGUUUAAAAGUAGUAUAAGAUCUUUUACAAAAAUUUCAACCCACUUUUUUUACCUUCCAAAAAAAUCAUUUUUUGUUACUUCAUGUUAAAUUCUACGAGAACGCAGUUUCGCUGAUUACCAAACUACAGCCAUUAUCUUACCAAAUCCACGUCCAAUAUAACUCCACUCCUUCCACUUCACACAUCUCAACCAACCCCUAAAAUAUACAACGCUACUGCACUACUCACACCUGCCUAAUACACAUGCCUAGUACAUCGACUCCCAAAUAUACGCUCCCACAGCGUCUUGUUUAGUAUCUAUUUCUUUUGAUGAAAUCCUAUGGUGUUGGUCAUUCAAAUGAAACCUCCUCAGCAGUACUUUCACAUGGUACUGUUUAUUUAGUAUCUAGCUCUAACUUUUGAGUCUGUGGAUAAAAUCCUAUGGUGUUACCAUUCAAAUGAAACCUCUUGGGCAUAAAUUGUGCCCAGUGCCACUUAUUUUUCAGGAUUUUAGUAAUACAAAAAAGAUUGUUUUUUGAGACGUUUUAAGUUUUAAUUUCCAAUAUUAGGAGGAAAAGGGUAGGGAUGGACUUGAAUACAGUGUAACCUCUAAUAACGACGGCCUUUCUUAAACGGCCUUGAGAAGACUUCUUCUCUUUCCAUAAAAUUGCAAAAGAAAAAGGACUUGGUAAUACCAAGCCAUCUUGACGAAACGGGGCUGAUCAGUAACUUAUACAUCAAAGAAAUGUAUUACACUUUCCCCAUAUAACUGGUGUCAUGGAUUUUGCACUCCUUUCCUUCACAAAACAGCCACCCAUCUAAAACGGUCACUGCGUGGCAGGCGUCGAAUGGGAUGGGUGGGGGAGAAGGGCAAAAGGGAGGGAAAUUUUGGGUUUCUUCUCUCCCCUUUUUUUUAAGCCUGCCAUGCAGGCCGUCUCUGUCCCAAAGAAAGUGACUGUCGUAGAGAGGUUCAACUGUAAGCUGUUGUAAAAUGGGUGCUUGAUGGGUGCAUGUGGUUACAGUGUAGGCUAUGUUCGCACUACACUGGAUAGCUUUUUCGCUGGUACAAAAAUCAUACCGGAUAGGGCUUCUGUUCACACACAAUGACGUGAUUUCGGCGCGAUGUCUGUGGCGGAGAGAAGCUGCGCCGCGUUGAUCUCGAAAGUGGAGCGUCACAUAUCGGGUAGGUUCCAUACUUACUGUACCAUACUUUGGUGCAAUGGGAACACCUAUUCGGACCGUGGCGGAAGUGAAUAAGUAGGAGCGAAGACUGGAAGCCACUGAAACGGAAGUAAAUAUUCAGGAGCGAGGACUAGUAUUUAGUGCACCAAACUCUCUCGGCCAACCUCUCAGGCACGAUGUUCGACGUGUGUGAACGACUUUUUCGAACUGUACAUGAACGACAAACACAUUUAUUUAGCAGUCCAGCUCUAGUUGAUGUUCAUAGUUUUCGUGUCGGCAGGAAAAGCUUUCCGUUAUAGGCACAAAAAAGAUACACUCUUGUGUCUGUAUUACAGAGGUAGGAUUGAAAUAUAUAAAUUUAGCCGCGGCGAAAGGCGACGCUCCUGGUAAAUUUAUAAUCUACUUCAAACAUAAACUUGUAACCAUUGUAACGUUGAGCCUGCGAUCAGUUGAAAACUAGUAACUUGACAGCGGAGAACUUCAAAAAACACGUUACCUGGAUGGGUCGACACCUGAGCCCGCAAUAAGGUCAUGUGAUACUGGUCAGCGGAUACCCUGUUUUGACAGCUGUCAAUCGACCAGAGCAUGGAUGAGCAAUAUUAGGUUGCAGGCUCCCACUUUCGCUGGAAAGUUUGACAUUUCACAUUGGUUUCCCUGUAGUGCCGGCGGACGUACGGUCACGUGAUUACCAAAAUUUCCUUGAUAGAUUACCAAAUUUUCUUGGGUAUUGGGCUCUGCUAUAAACUGUGGUUUCUACGGGACUGAUUAAAUUGUCCAUAUUAAGAGGUGUAUGUAAGUAGAUAUUCGUGCGUAAGCCUAUGGCGCUUAAACCGAGACAUCUUUAAAUUGAUGGGAAAUUACAGUUCGAAAAGAGAAAACAUUAAAGAAUUGCCUUCUCUCGGUCUUGGGGUUCGAAGAUUGACUUUUCACUACUGCGCAGCUUUGAAUUGAUUCGCGAAGGAUCUUUUGAAGAUAAGUAGAUUCACGGCUUGUUUAUUCGACGGUUCCGCUAUAAGGAUUACUGACAGGCACCUUUGUCCUGACGAAAAGUACAUAUCUUUCCUAGUAAAUCGACCCUAUUAAUACGGACAUCUACAGUGUUUGAGAAGUUUUCCUUAAUUCUUAGUCCGUCUCGUUGAAGGGAAAGCUGAAAAUGAUGGUCUAGAACAAGGACACGGAGUAUCCUAAUAUCCUUACGUUAUUUUCUGUCCAAAACCAUUUGAAAGAGCGAAGGUGUCCGUUUAGUUUGUGUUUAGGUUCCCGCUGUCUACAUUUAUCGGGUUUAUAAAUAAAUAAUUAUAUAAAUAAAUAAAUUCUUUUUCCUUAGUUUUUGACGUUUUCACGUCGGUCAGAUACGGACCCUUGCGCUUGUCUAUCUGCAUUUAUCGGGUUUAUAAAUAAAUAAAUAAAUAAAUAAAUUCUUUUUCCUUAGUUUUUUACGCAACACAUUUCUCGCGCUGUGGCAGAACAUCAGUAUUUUUAACAUUGACAUUAACGUGCUUGUUCAUAUUUCCUUGUCGCACUCUCUGUCCAGCUUCUCCUUCGCGUUCUUGCCCUGCUUCUAUACUGACCACAGCGUUUGAUGCUGAUCCAGAUAUCUGUCUCUCAAUCUGUUCAGCCUCGGCAAGGUUCCCAGCUCUACAAAUAAACUCAGUAAACGCCACGCGAAACUCUCUUAAUCUGGCGGCGUAUAUUAGAGGAUUGAAAAAAGCGUUCAAUAACGUCAUUAACGAUGCCAAAAAGAAAUAUAUGUAAAGGACGUCAAAAGACAGUUUACUUUGAUACCUCACUAAGACAGCUCUAUAGAUCAGCAGGGGUAUGUAACACGAUAUGAGCACUACAAUGAUGAUAAAUGUCACUUUGAAAGCCUUUUUAUCUUUUUCAAAUUGUUUCCUUGCUUCCACGGUCACUUGCUGAGCUGCAAUUUGCUUUUCGUGUCGGCGGAUUUCUCGGUAAACCGUAACAUGGCAGAAGAUUAUAAAGGCGAGGCAUAGACCCAUGGUUGCAUUGUUAAUCGGCAAAAAUACAGAUCUAUAAACGACAAGACCAAUGUAAAAAAUUAUUGAUAGGAGCCACGCUAAGACAGAGGUAACAAGUAAACGAGCUUCGGUAACGAGGUUAAAGUGCGCGAACGGGUGUCUCAUGGCUAAUACCGCUCCCCGCUAAUCAAAGCCAUGUGGAUUAAAGAGGUAGAUACACCGACGCCUGACAUAGCCCUUGUAAGAGCUUGCAACACGCACGUUGUACUGGAAAUGUCAUCAAGUAAGACUGUUAUAAUCAAUGCGACGAAGGAAGGCUGUACAAAGAUCCCGACAACGAAGUCUGUUGAAGCUAGUAAGGAGAGUCCAAUAUUCGACUUGUGACUUCUCAGAUGUGGUUUCAUUUUGACGGCGAUCAUAACAAGCGCGUUCAAGGCAGCGGUGACAGGAAAUGUAAGAAUGUGGACGGCAAUGAUAAUAAUAAGGAAAGCUUGAGUUAAUGUCGAAGGUUGAUGCAGUCUUCCUCCCAUAACAACGUAGAACUCACAUCUAGAGGGGAAGAACUCGUUGCUUGAAAGGUUCGAAUUCAUCCUUUUAAAUCUUUUUCUGGGCUUUUUGCAGUUCGGGUUACCGUUUCUUCAGUUAGUUUCGGAAAUUGUCCCAGUUUGAAACAAUCAUUAUCCGUUACAACAAUGAGCCCAUUACAGUCAAGCCUUGAUGCCUGUACCAAAAGGAAAGAUCUUUGUGUCCGGAUCACUGUGGUGUCUGUAUUACAUCAGCUGUGCCCGUAUGAUUUAUUGUAUCUUCGGACGAAGAUAAGUCUCUGAGAGGCCAGUCAGCGUAAUGGCGGACUGUCAUAGGACUGUCUUUGAUAAGAGGUUCAACUUCACUUGAUGUUUCCGAGUUAGUUUUUUCAAAAAAAAAGAGGGAAAAGAGAAAAGGAAAGAAAGCCAUUAGAAAAAAUUCAAUGACAUGAAAACUGGUAAGUUAUUGCUAAUAAAGAAAACUUGUAAUACAAGUUACUUUGUAACUUUUCUUACGAGUUAUUUUUUGUAUUAUUCAGUAUUUACCUCCAUUUUUGCACGAGCGCACAGCGAACGGAUCGUCCCAGCCAGUUUAAAUUAACUUUGAAAAACUUAUUAAUAUUUCAUGAAGAAACUACAUAGAAAUUCAAAUUAAAUGAAAGUGCUUUAAAUGUGAAGUUUUUCUCUGGUUUUAUUAUUUUUUGAUAAGUUUUUGUAUUAUUAAACCGACGAACCGAUCUAGAUGCAAGAUUUUUUUAGCGGUUAAAAAAACCUUUUUGUUCUCGCUUUAAACUGUAUAAAACGGUUCUGUCGCGGAGUUCCGCGGAGAACUGAAAACUAUCUAGGAGGCCUGGCUUCAAAGGGGGCUUGGCUACUCAGUAAAAAGAUAGAAACUGUGAGUUGAAAACGUGGUUGAAGCAAACAUUGACUGAGAUUCGUUUAAUUAGUAGUAGUAUUAACAAAAUUUUAUUUUAAAAGUUUAGUAUUCGCAUCCUUGGCGACAGGUUCUGGUCGUUGACUUACCUGAACAUAUUAUAUUUAGCAUUCACUGGAUGAGGCUGAGUAUGAUCUGGAAAAUUAUGCCGAUCGAGGAGGGCGUUUUCGGACUCACCGCCGUUAUAUUUUCGAGUUAUUGAAGUAUAAUGAGUGAAGUUGGUGCUCCGCUUUUACCUUUGCCUGUAACUAGAUAAGAUUACCUCUUUUUCUUGGUGAAUAAUUGAGGAACAGACAAGGCGAGUACUUAACCAGCAGACUGUAGCUUCGAACGGUUUAAAGAUAAUUUUGUCUAGCGUAGAUUAGAAUUUCUCAUAACAGUUGUGUUGUGGUUUAAUAUGUAUUUUUCUAUUAUUAUUUUGUGUGUGUGUGUGUGGGUAUAAUAAUGAAUGAUAAUGAGGUUAAACAAAGAAAAAACAAAAUUAAACCAAAAAUAACAGAACCGUUAAACGUGAAUUAGUUAUUCACCAAGAAAAUGAAGUGCUUUUAUAGGCGGAUUCAUCGUGACGUCAUUGUUUACAUUUUUGCUCAUUAUCGUACGAGUUAACCCAUAGAAGAUGUGACCGUUUAUACAAAUUAGGUUCAAAAAGGAAAAGAGCUAGUUAAUUUGAGUAAUUUUUGCAAGUUUCACCCCUUUGCAGUCAACUAAGAAAAUAGCAGCAAUCAAAAACUGCGGAACUGCUGGGUGCCAAAACGUUAAUGAGUUCAUACAUUCUUUGUAAAUUUCUCCGAACAUUUUCGGCACAUCGGGCUCAAAUUUUCAGAGAUAACAGAAAUUUUUAUGCUCUUUCAAUAUUCAGAGAUUUUGUUUGAUUAGCCUCAUCAGAUAAUGAUGAGCAUAUGCUAAUGAGGCAAAAAAUAUUAACGGAGAUAGGCCGUUUGCACUAAGAGGUCAUGUGACAUCGUUUUUAGUGAAAAUGAAAGUUAUACGAUUUUGCCUUCGAAAAACGAUUGGUGGGUUAUAUCUUAAACAAAGUAAUAGUGAUUUGGUUUUCAAACCCGCACCAUUUUCCUAAAAUGAGUAAGUUCGUAAAUGGUCACGUGAUCAAAAUGUGAGUUUUGAAAUUAUGAAUUACCUCUUUCUGAACACAAAUUUUGCACUUAAACUUCAAGGAAAAUGUUGAAAAGGUGAUGUGGUAACGUUUACAGCACAUCAGAGCGUAACUAUCAAACGUUUAACAAGACAUAAGCAGAAAGUGGUUUUGGCCGCCAUGUUGGAAGGCAUGAGUAUGCCCUCCAACAUGGCGAACAAUACAAAUCAUAUUUUUACUUUGUUGAAAAAUGAAAGUGCCAUAAAACAUCUCCCUUAAAUACGUUUCCUCUCAAAUUUUAGGUGUAAGAUAAUUUUUAUGUGCUCUAUCAAUUUUUGGCAUCAGGAAGAUUCCAACUCAUUGUUUAAAGGAAACAUUGGUCACGUGACUUCAAAGUGCAAGUGGCCUAUUCGCCCAUAUGUUUAAAGGCAAAGGUAAAAGCGGUGCUCCAACUUCACUCAAGAAAAACGAGUAUUAAAAACAAUUGAAGUUUAACUCAUGAAAGGAAUGAGCGAUUUCGCAGAAUUCUUGUAACUCCGCACGCUGGUUCAAACAAAUCAAGAGGACUGUAUCUUUCGAUGUAACAACGCGAUUUAAUCCAAUCGCACAAUCUAUUGCGAUGUACAAUUCCUACUCAUUCAACGAUGAAGACAAGAACUAGAACUAGAACGUGCCUAAUACAUUCUGAGUAUACAGAGAUUUUUCUACUGUCCUUAUAGUAUUUUUACAUUAAUCACAUGUCUCUCAGGUUGAAUCUUGUGUUAGAGAUAUCGACCGUUGGAUGUCUUGUAACAAACUUAAGUUGAAUAGGGACAAGACGGAACUGCUCGUUAUCAGUUCAAAAUAUCGGCCACGUCCAUCUUUAGAUAGUAUCCUGGUUGGUGAUCAUCGUGUAGAGCGGUCUGACAAAGCUAGGAACAUAGGAGUUGUUUUUGAUGAGACCUUGUCACUGGAUAAGCAUGUGAGUUCCGUUUGUAAAUCUGCUUUAUUUCAUCUUCGGAAUAUCGCGAAGAUUAGAAUGUAUCUGACUUCCGAGAGCACAAAGACCCUCGUCCAUGCUUAUGUUACUUGUCGACUGGACAAUUGUAACUCGUUGCUCCUCGGGUCACCGGAGUAUAUUAUUCAGAGGCUCCAGCGCGUUCAAAACUGCGCUGCACGCCUUGUAGCUGGGCAACCUAGGGCUGCGCACAUUCGCCCCGUCCUUAAGGAGCUACACUGGUUACCUGUGGAGCAGCGAAUUACCUUUAAAGUAUUACUGUUAACUUUUAAAGCUCUCAAUAACCUGGCGCCUCCGUAUUUAAGUCAACUUAUAGUCCCAUAUAACCCUACAAGAAAUCUUAGGUCAGCUAGCAAACAUUUAUUAGAAGUACCGAGUGUGCGCCUGAAGAGCUAUGGAGACAGGGCCUUUUCGCUCGCUGCCCCAAAGCACUGGAAUGAUAUUCCCUUAGACAUUAAAUUAAGUGGAUCAGUUGAUGUUUUUAAAUCUAGAUUGAAAACUUAUCUUUUUAGACUCGCUUUCAGUUGACUUUUUGUUUUGGUGCUAUUGUUAGUUAUUUUCUUUUUUGAUUGUAAAGCGAUAUAGAGCUUUUGUAUAUACCGCUAUACAAAUAAAGUUAUUAUUAUUAUUAUUAUGUACAGUAAAUUUCCUUUACAAUGUAUCUACAUUAAGUUGCUAUUACAAAAUCGCACGUUCUUUCACCUUAUUUAGCUUAAGUGAAUAAAUGCAGUUGCAUCAUUUUAUAUGGUAAAUUUACUCGGACUUUGUCCACAUGAUUGUAAAAUCCUAUGUCACGAAAUCUAUAUUGUUUGCGCUACAAAUAUCAAUUUCUAAUAAAUAUUUAAUGACAAAAUAAUCAAGUUAAGCAUCACAUAUUUCUUUCCCGACAAGCGAAGAGAACUCGCAGAUAAUUUGAACUUCUAAUGUUAAAUUAGUGUAAUUUUAUUACAUAUUUUUGGUUAUCGAAGAUUGCGCAAAAAAUGAACUUGAAAGUCAAAAUGGGAAAAAAAUUUACCGAUAAGUUGAGGGAAAAGAGCCAUGUUAUAAUUGAUAAUAUGGUGUUAUGAUGUUGUUGUCUCUGAGCUUUGUUGUUAAUGAAGAGUAAAAGGCACAGAAAUUACUUAUAAAAAAGAGUCUGAAGGGAUCAGUCUGAGCGAGAAAUUAUUAUUAGUAUUAUUAUUUUUUGAUCCUUCCGUGUGCGUUCUUCAAGGGCGAACUUUUAAACCUUAUAAGGCGAAACUAUUCUCUUGGAAACCAUAACACUGUAAGCGUGGAAGUCAUUUGUCAAUAUUGAAGUAUGUUUUGUUUUUACUUUACUCCCCGCGUUAAAACCUAGUUCAAACCACAAAAUCUUCACCGAAUGCUACAAAAAAACGGAAAGUCAGACUUACCUUUCGUUAAUUACUUGGAUCUAUGUCUCCCGUAAUGUAAUAAUCUUUUUCUGUGCUGACAAAAACGUUUCGCAGCCUUUACCUAUUCACUCUCAAAUUUCUUACUUUCAAUGCUGAGUGUUCUGAGAUUUAAGAAUAUCGGCGGCAGCAUAAACGGCAAAUUUCCCAACCAAAAGAUCAAAGGUAAAGCGACAGGAGAAAAAGGGUGUUAAAAUGUUACCAACAAUAAACUUAAUCUUGCUUGUAACACCUGGACGUAUCAUUGACAAAAGACGUGAUGGCUGGUCCUCAAUGUUACAUUAAAACAAAAAGUGGACAAGCGAGGCAAAUGUAAAGGCAAACACGAAGUUUUUUACGUUUUUGUUUUUGUUGUUGUUGUUGAUGUUUAUGUCAAGAAGGUGUCAAGCAAGUUACUUCACUGUUGCACAAGCAUUAUCCAUAGUUUUACCGUCUAUUUCAUCUUAUACUUUUCUGUGACUGGUUGCCAAAUUUGUUGGGAAAUUGGAAACUACGUUACGAAUCGCGCAAUUACUAUCCGCAAAUUGCGAACUUCCAAACGAAGUUGCAACUUUUAUUCGGCACGAACUGGAUUCGAAACUUCGAGAUACGAGGAAUACGUUGUUUUUUUUGCUUAUGGUCCAAAAGAGUAAACCCUGUACUCUUAUCCCUGCCUGGGAACGCAAGCAGAUGCUGUUUCUUCCAUCGAUACGUAAUUUUUAAUAAUAAGUGGAAUAACCAUUUCUUUGGCUUUGAUUUUAAAGGAUAUAAACCGAUGCUGAACGAAGCGUUUCCAAGAAUUGCAAGCUCUCUGGGACACACUACGGGGAAGGGUUGUACUCGGGCGUGGAUUUAUUUGUGAAAUGGAUAUUUUAUUGACUGUCUAUUUGUCGUUAGCGAUUUUUUUCACAUGUGUAUAAUGUCUGAUUAGUUUACCCGAUUUAUUCAAGAAUGCCUGUUUGGCUAUUCAAAGUGUUAAUUCUUCGUGGUCUCAGUUUGAAUGAAGAUUUUUUAUAUUUUGUAUCGAAGUAUUCUAUAUUUCCAUUUGUAUGUGUUUAACCAAAUGAUGACUAGAAAACGGUUGCAGUAACUUUUAAUGGCGUCUAAGGGUGAAUGGGUUAAAGUGGUCUUAAAAUAAUAGUUCAGCCUAGAUUAAAGGUUAAAGGAAUGGAAAUGUGUCAGUAAUUUACAGGCACUCCACUCAAAUAUUUAGAAACAAAUAAUUAAUUAGGGUAACCUCUGUUUAUUCUAUUUUUUGUUUUUUUUUUGUUUGUUUGUGUGUGCGUAUGAUCAAUGAACUAUGAUAGUGAGGAUUAUAAAAAGAAACUACUAUUGAAGUAAAUUUAAAGGAAAUAAGGAUGUUAUUCAAAUUGAGUAUACUUUAUAUAAUAGUAUCUUGACGAAAUGGAAAAUAAUGAAUGAAGGGCUGAAAUUUGCCAUAUUUUCAUUUCAUAUAUUUAUUUAUUUUUUGAAUUAAAUUAUUCUAUUUCAAUACUAAUUUUGGCGGAUCGAAAAUAACUCUAGAAACCGACCGGGAAACCUUUUAGCAGCCUUUACAUUUUAACUCUUAAAUCGCUUAUUUUCAAAGCUAAGUAUUCUUAGAUUAAACUUAGAUAAUUGGCGGCAACAUAAACGACAAAUUUCCCCAACCAAGAAAAAAAAAAUGUCAAAAAGCUUGAGCAACAGCCAAAGAAAAAGGUGAUUGUAAUGGUACCAACAAUAAACUUAGGGCCUGUUUACAUGGAGUGGGGGACCCCGGUCUAGUGGGGUAAGUUUCUUUUGUUUUGUGUCCCCCAGAGCGUGAAAACAAAAGAAACUUACCACACUAGACCGGGGUCCCCCACUCCAUGUAAACAGGGUCUUAAUCUUGAUAAUGUACAACAGGAGCGUAAAAAGAGAAAAGUCGUUGGCUGAUACUGUAUUUCGUAAUUUUAAAUUAAACUAGGAUUUUCAAUUUGCAUGUAAGUGCUGGCGUCAGAGCUAGAACAAAAUACGGAGAAUACUGUUUGAAAACAAAUAAGGUAGAGAAAAUAAAAAUGACUCCUGGGAAUUAGGGUAGGUAAGCCGUUUUGAAAGAAAAAUAUGUUAUUUUUGUGUAUUUCUGACGUAUAAAAGGGGAAAGUCCGUCGAGUAAAUUUCCAAAGUGUAAGCAGAUGAUAAACGAGGUCUGAGAUUUUAGUAAUUGCUUGUUUAUAUUUUCUGGAUCCCUAUUUGCCUGUGGAAUUAGUUUCAUCAAGGUCACGAACGGUUAAGUGAUGAAUCCCGAGGAAGAGAGGACAUUUUAUGUGUUUGGCUGCUCUACUAUGUCGACAACUUUUGCCGAUUCGCGAAUGGAAGUGCGAAGAUAUUGAUGCAUAGACAUUAUCGGGUAUCAUUCGCAUUAAUAAAACCUGGUUAGCGAUAUGCUGUACGGUCGACUCCCAAUAGCUCGAACCCUCGCUAACUCGAAGCUCGUGCUAACUCGAACCAAAGUCGAUUUCCCCUGCAUUUCCUUCAUACAUUUACUGCAUGUAAUUUUACCUUCGAUAUGUCGAACCUCCCUCGCUAACUCGAAGUAAUUCUUGUUUCCCUUCAGAUCAUUUCUAUACAAUUUUACCCUUGAGAACUCGAACCAUGUUUCAAGCUCGUGAUUAGUCGGAAAAUGCAGUGAACAGCAGCUCAAAACAUUGGUUUUAUUUCAAAGCAACCGUGUAUUCUUAGUCUUUACUUUUUUGUCAGUCCAAUAGGGCAUUUGCACGAUGACGUCAUUUGACUACAACUACCAGAAUCCUUUAGGAUUUCGUUUUCUUGUGCAAAUUACGCCUUUUGUUUUGGACACCCCUCUGGGAUUACAAAAUUUAAAUAAGAAAAGAAAAACGAAAUGAAUUCUGGUAGAUGUAGUCAAAUAACGCCAUCGUGAAAUUUGCCUAUUAAAUACAACGUUUAGCCAUGUACUAAUCAAUCAAGCUCUUUUUUUUCAAUUCCUUUUCCAAAACGUACUAUAAAUCUUGCUGCUCUUGAAGUGAAGUGUGCAUGAUACUUUCAUUCCUCCCCCAUUCCAUUUCCUUAUUUCUAGUUAUUUGCUUCGAUCUCCCGAUAACUCGAACCUUUUUCAAUUUCCCUUGAAGGGUCGAGUUAUCGGGAGUCGACUGUAUUUAAAUUUCUCAAACUCAUUAAUAAUUCAUAAUUAAUGUUUUUAUUUUUUAAUUAAAGUUUGGAAAUCUGAUGAAAAACUGCUCAUUUUUGCAUCCUUCAAGUCUCUUUCUAAAUCACUUUGUUUGAGAAGUAAUAUCAAGCAUUCGACACAGUGUUUCAUCAGCAGAUACACGCCUCGAAGACACGCCUCGAAGUUCGUCAGAAAUAUUCCGAUGCGCAUCGUAUUUUUAACUCUCUUCUCGGUUUUUCAUCUGGUGAUGAAACACUGCGUCCUCACGCUUGAUGUAUUACGUCACAAUCAAGCAUUUGUUCACGAAAACUCGCGAGGCGCCUCAUUUUCGGCAAUACUAUUGUAUUUUCUCUUUCCAAUUAGAGAUCGUCGAGCGCACUUAUGAAAAUAAAACCGUGCCGUUUGAUUUUUGAAACGAAAAAGAAAACAACGUCUCUGUACAGACUAAAUCCAUGGUUCUAAGCUUUUCUUUCGCCUCUGCGGACAAAUGUGCUUCAUGGUCAAAUUAUCAUCUGAAUUAUUUACCUCAGUGGGCAGAGAUUUUGACGCAACGGUCAAAUUUAACCCCUCCACGGGCGAGCGAAAAGUACUUUGAUUUGCAUGUGGUACCUAAGUUGCAAAGCUGGUUUACUUCGUACCUUUCCUCUCUUUUCUCCCGAGACCAGCAAACUAGAGUCGGGAUGCAGUUUACUCCGAAUAGAAGUAUUUUUACCUGGCUUUUCACUAUUGCUGAAUGCACAGAGAAAUCUCCAUGAAGGAGGAUUUAAUUAAUAUCUUCGCACCUCCAUUAAGGUGGUUUUCACGUUACGUCAUCGCCGCCAUGCUGGUGGACGGUAAACAAAAGAUCGCUUAUUAGCUCGCUCUGUUUGUCCACCAGCAUUUGUUCAUUUCACCAUUGUUAUUUGUGUCUCCCGAGAUUGCAUGAAAACCACCUAUUCGCGAAUGGGCAAAUAGAGCGGCCAAAUCCCUAAAAAUCUCUCGUUUUCCUCAGGAUUCAUCACUAAAACGCUUUGGAUCGACACCUUGAUGAAUGCUUCCACAAGCAAGACACCGAGAAAAUAAAAAAAGCAAUUUUUUCUUACACAUUCACCUCGUUUUUACCCCCUUGCACCCUGGGAAUUCAGUCAAAUCUCUCGAUCUCGUCCACGUGCGUUUUAAGUGAUGUCGUCCCACAGGAGAGAAUACCCCGGAUAAUAAGAAAAGUAAUCGACUGCGCAUGCUUCUGAUCUUACAUUCGACAAUUUUGGCUUUUUCUAGCCUGCGUGAAAGCUCUCCUAUUUGGGCGUGUCUCGCGAGAACGAGCGAGCGAAGGGCCGAGGGGCUUCGCCGCUCGCUCGCGCGUUCUCGCGAGACUCGCUUUGCUCGCCCACAUAAAAGAGCUUGCUCGCCGGCUAGGCUUUUUCCCGCUCUUGUAGAGAAUGGUGUAUUGGUUCGCAAAGGCUUGCCGGCAAAAAGUGAAAAACCAUUGCAACUGAAGUGAAACAUGCGAGUGAAACAUUUGAACAAUUCAGAGACCGCGUGUUAAAGUUACUAGAAAGACUACCGUUAGAUGCUAUUGAUCGCACUAUCGAAAGCAUCAAUGAUGAUCGAUUGAUACCAUUAUUUCGUCAAAAGGGCCCCGAACCAAAUAUUAGGACUGUUUUGGAAUCGAAGACCUUGGAAAUAGGUUUUAUAUUUUUUUUUACACAGCAUCACGUUCAAGCGCUUGCCAAAGGUCGGCCCAGGCGAUAAGUUUGAGCUCCCAUCGAAAAUCAUUUAGGAAAGUCACUCUGGCUUCCUCGUCCCCUAUCCAUGCGGAGGAGCAGGUAGGAGGAUUGCAAAAUGUAUUGAAAAAUUACUUUCAGUGGCGAUAGAAUAAAGCUCUUUCCACAGUUUGAGCUUCCAUGUAAAUAAACAUGCCUGUCAUAAACAGUCCGCAUUUGCAUAUACCUCAAUGCAUACGACACAGUGCAAAAUAUUAAUUCCACAAAACUUCCACGCUUCUACGACAGCUUCUAUAGGAAACUUGUGAUCAUCUAAACAAGUCGCUGCAUUUGCAUAGACCGCGACGCCUCCUCCCCCCCCACCACAAAUACUUCCACAUUUAUUCUUUGCCCACUAUAAGGAGUGAACGGGUUAAGCAUAACUUCAAUCAGGAGCCUAUUACCCUAAAGGUUCCUGCUUAAAUGUAAUCCAGCCUCUGCUAAUAUACGCCUCUCCAAACCGGCCUCGAGUAAGACUUCUCGGUUCAUAAAAAUGCAAAAGAAAAAGACUUUGGCCAAUAUCCAUCCUUAUUAUAUGGCUGAAUCCACGAGCGGGUAAGAUGAUGCGAAUUCUGUGUUCUGACUGGCUACACGACCAUCUUGCCCGCUCAAAGAAUAUAUUAAAACUGACGGAUUUUCCUACACGGCAUUUUCAAACGACAGCCACGAGAAAUUAUUUGACUACAGUGGAACCUUUCCUUUGGGACACUUUUAUACAACGGUCACCUCCAUUCAAGGGGCACAAACUUCGGUCCCGGAAAAACGUUCACAUGAUCUUUGUAUUUGUUACCUCUAUUGAAAGGACACCUCUAUUCAGGGCAAAAAGACACUUUUUCUGGGUCCCAAAACCCAGGUUUAACCACACCUUGGCACUGACCACAAAAAUCGUCGAUAAGUUCAAGUGUUUACUGGUCAAAAUGGCGACAGCUUUCAAAACAUGAACUAUGUCAGUUAAAAUCAGUUCACUGCUCUUGUGGAAAUUCAGUACACAACAUCGCAGAUAAGUCAAUCAAGAAUUUUUUUAUACACUAUUUAGCUGCUUGAAACAAUGGCUGCAGCAGAUUCCGAGGCAGAAAUCAGUGAAAGAAAAAUAUUUUAUUCGUUGGUUAGUUAUUAACGAACCCCAGCCCAACCUCCAUUCAGGAGACACCUCUAUUCAAGAGACACUUGCCUUGGUCCCGAGGGUGUCCCCUGUAUAGAGGUUCCACUGUAAGUUGUUACGCGACACAAUUCUGGCGCUAUGACAGAACGUCAUUAUUAUUAACAUUAUCAUUGUUGUUCAUAUUUCCUUGUUCCACGUUCUUUUGAGUUUGUCCGUUGCGUUUUUGCCCUGCUUGCUUUCUGACCACAGCAUUUGCUGCACCAGAUAACUCACUCUCAAUCUGUUCAGCCUCGGCAAUGUUCCCAGUUCUACAAAUAUACUCGAUGAACGCUACGCGGAACUCUCUUAGUCUGGCUGCAUAUAUAAUAGGAUUGAAAAACGCGUUCAAUAACGUCAUCAAGGUUGCCAAAAAGAAAGAUAUGCAAAGCACCUCAAAAGACAUUUCACUUCGAUCACUCAUUAAGACAGCUCUAUGGAUGAUCAAAGGUGUGUAACACAACAUCAGUACUACAAUGAUGACAAAUGUCACUUUGAAAGCCUUUUUAUCCUUUUGAAAUUGUUUCCUUGCUUCCACGGUCACUUGCUGAGCUGCAAUUUGCUUUUCGUGUCGGCGGAUCUCCCGGUAAACCGUAACAUGGCAGAAGAUGAUAAAGGCGAGACAUAGACCAAAGAAUAUAUUCCUAAUGGGCAAAAAGACAGAUUUAAAAGUGACUAGAAUAAUGUGCAAAGUUAUAGACAGUAGCCAUGCCAAGAUAGAGGCAGCAAGUAAACGAGCUUCAGUUACGAGGGCAAAGUGCGCAAACGAGUGUCUGAUGGCGAGGUAUCGCUCCCCGCUAAUCAAAGCCGUGUGGAGUAUGGAGGAGGAGACACUGACGCCUGACAUGGCAUUUGUAAGAGCUUGCAACGUGCACGUUGCACUGGAAAUGUCACCAAGUAAGACUGUUAUAAUCAGCACGAUGAAAAAGGGUUGUACAAGGAUCCCCACAACGAAGUCCGUUGAAGCUAGUAAAGCGAGUGCAACAUUCGACUUGUGACUUCUCAGCCGUGACUUCAUUUUGACGGCGAUCAUAACAAGCGCGUUCAAGGCAGCGGUGACAGGAAAUGUAAAAAUGUGGACAACAAUGAUAAUAAUAUGGAAAGCUUGAGUUAGUGUCGAAGGUUGAUUCAGUCUUCCUCCCAUAAUAACGUAGAACUCACACCCGGAGGGAAAGAAGUCUUUGCUUGAAAGGUUCGAAUUCAUCUUUGUAAAUCCUUUUCCGGGUUCUCUGCAGUUCUGGAUACCCUUUCCUCAGUGAAAUUGUCCCAGUUUGAAACAAUCAUUAUCUGUUUAAUAGUAAUUAACAAUAAUGUCCAUCACUUCUUACUCUAAAGUAACAUACAAUAUAUGAUUAAAUGCGUGUAUCUGUCACAACAAGACCUUCAGAUAAGGGGGAGUGGAGGUGGGGGUGCGGUCAUUCAGACCCUGAGAAAAGGGGGGGGGGGACCCAGCCUAAAAAAAAUUGUUUUCGGCCCAAAAAAAAAGGAGGGGGGGCUAGCGCCUCCCCUGUUAUUUGUUUCAGGCAUUUGCUCGGCCCCACUAGUGUUAGUGCUAUAACUACUGCCGAGGGUAAAAUUAAUAACAAAAAGGAAAGAAUUCCAUUACGGCCAGUAAACAUAGUUAGUAGAGGAGACUGGUUAUGAAAGCCGGCAAAUAUCAAAGAUAAAAACAACGAUGCCGCAGUUUUAUGUUGGGUGCUCCCUUACGGUACACAGUCCUUUGAUUUAUGUUUGUAAAUUGUGACUUAAUAAAUUAAUGCGACGUGUUUAUUGGUCAAUAAGAUAGAAAUGAGAGGAAUGCUAUUGAACGUUGUGCAUCGUCAAGUCCAAAAAGCUAACAAAUACUUUUUAAAGAACUCUGGUGGCCUACAUACAGAAAAACUAACAAGUUAAAACUAAUAGUAUCACUGACAGGUGAUUUGUUACUUGGUAAUAGUAUCAUUGAUGGGUAUUCGUUUCUCAUGAAUGUACAGAAAUAACUAUGAACACUUGCAUAAAUGAUUUGGUACUUUUUACAAGGAUUUAGUGCUAAUGAAGGCCCACAUAUUCAAUAAUCACAAGCCAUGAUCACUUUCAUAAUUCUCAUGAACAGCAUCGUUAAUGACACAAUCUUCUCCAAUUAUCUCCCGCCAUCCCAUCCAACACGUUUUAUGUUACUGUUACUGUUACCCAACCAAUCACUCACCCAUCCACCUACUCUUAGUCAUCUCACUCACCCAACUACCCUACACUCAUCUACCUAGUCACCGACACAACCACUCCGUCCCCCCCGCCCCACAAACCCACUUACUCACCCAUUCUGGUGAGGCUCGCCAUCACCCACUGAUUAACUUCAAGUUAAUCAGUUACACUCACCCAAUUACCUACUUCUGCUUUACCAAAUAAGUUAUCGUUGGCAUUUACCUGGGCUAACUGGACAAUUUUAAAAUCUAUGAUUAUGAUAAGUUUAUUACGUGGUUUGCCUUAUCGUAAUCGGUCAGAGGGGGUUUGUUUUACGACUCUUACUGUAAAGCGUUUUUUGCAGAUCGUGUUUCCGAAUGGUUCUAUCGAUCCAUGGCAUGCACUUGGAAUAGUGAAGAAUGUGUCUUCCACAGAACAAGCCAUCUUCAUUGAAGGU